UUGGAGGAUCAAACUAGUCAACCUAGCAGAAAAAAGUUCUCUAAAUCUCUCUCUCUCUUGAUCUUCUAUAAUUUUGUUUGAUCUUAGAAAACCCAAUUCCCCAAACCCUGAAUUUCUCAACAAAUGGCAAGAAGAGGUUUACCAAUUUUGAAACAACUUCUUGAAAGAUCAAGGAUUGAUGAUCCUAAGAAUUUGUCUGUAUUAGGGUUGUUAGGUUCAAAGAGAUCAGUAACAUACAUGCCAAGACCAGGAGAUGGAACACCAAGAGCAGUGACAUUAAUAUCAGGAGAUGGAAUUGGUCCAUUAGUAACUGGUGCCGUUGAACAAGUGAUGGAAGUAAUGCAUGCUCCAGUUUAUUUUGAGAAAUUUGAUGUACAUGGUGAUAUGAAAGAGAUGCCUGUUGAAGUCAUGAAUUCAAUUAAGAAAAAUAAAGUUUGUUUAAAAGGUGGAUUGGCUACUCCUGUUGGUGGUGGUGUUAGUUCUUUAAAUGUUCAAAUGAGAAAAGAACUUGAUCUGUUUGCUUCUCUUGUCAAUUGUUGUAAUCUUCCUGGAUUACCCACUAGGCAUGAAAAUGUUGAUAUUGUCGUGAUCAGGGAGAAUACUGAGGGUGAGUAUGCUGGUCUUGAACAUGAGGUUGUCCCUGGUGUUGUUGAGAGCUUAAAGGUGAUAACAAAGUUCUGUUCGGAGCGCAUAGCACAGUAUGCCUUUGAGUAUGCUUACCUAAACAACAGAAAGACUGUGACAGCCGUCCACAAGGCUAACAUCAUGAAGCUUGCUGAUGGGUUGUUUUUAGAAUCUUGCCGUGAGGUUGCAACAAAAUACCCUGGUAUCAAGUAUAAUGAGAUCAUUGUGGAUAACUGCUGCAUGCAACUUGUUUCAAAGCCAGAGCAGUUUGAUGUAAUGGUUACACCAAAUCUGUACGGCAAUCUUGUGGCGAACACCGCAGCAGGCAUUGCUGGAGGCACUGGUGUCAUGCCAGGAGGAAAUGUAGGUGCUGAUUAUGCAGUGUUUGAACAAGGUGCUUCAGCAGGAAAUGUUGGUAAUGAUAAACUGGUGGAGCAACAGAAAGCGAACCCAGUAGCCCUAUUGCUGUCAUCUGCAAUGAUGCUGAGACAUCUUCAGUUCCCAUCUUUUGCUGAUCGAUUGGAGACUGCUGUUAAACGUGUCAUCUUAGAGGGGAAAUACAGGACCAAAGAUCUGGGCGGACAAAGCACAACCCAGGAAGUCGUGGACGCCGUCAUUGCGGUUCUAGACUAAUCACUUGAUAACUAGCCAGAAUUGCUAGCUGCACUACUCAUCAUUAAUCCACUUAAGCAAAGUUUAAUAUUUUCUUUAGGUGAGACUUGAGAGAAAUUUAUCAUUGCCUAUUAUUGUUGGUCCCAUGAAGAGGGUCCUAUAAAUUGUUUUGUUUCCUUCGCGCUACAGCUUAAAUUGGUUGUUUGUUCUGCUGCUUACAACCCAAAACAAGUGUACAAAUUGAAACUGGGAAAUUUCUGUAUACUUGAAUAAAAAUCUAUGAAAGUUUGAUCAUCC